AUGACAGCGGUAACGCCAAGUAAUCGAACAAAAUGUUUUGUAUGUGAAGCAGAAAAAAUCGUAUAUCAAUGUGAAGGAUGCUUAACAAAAUUUUGUUAUAAGGAUUUAACAGAACAUCGUCAAAGCCUUAGAGAACAACUAGUGCAGAUUGACAAUGAUUGUGAUCGUUUUCACCAAACAUUUACUGCAAAAAAAGAAGAUCCUACAAAUCUUUCAUCAAUGCAGCAAAUUGAUGAAUGGGAAGAAGAUUCAAUUAAGAAAAUUAAACAAACCGCAGAACAAUGUAGACAAAUAUUAAUUCAACAUAAAGAUAAGUAUUUUGUUGAAAUAGAAAAAAAAUUAUUUCAAUUAACUGAACAAUUAAAACAAGCUCGCCAAGAAGAUGAAUUUAAUGAAAAAAACUUAGACCGAUUCAAAACAGAAUUAACAGAACUACUAGAAGAAUUUGGUCAGCCACCAAAUAUUAGGAUUCAACAAGAUUCUAAAUCAUUCAUAAACGAAAUUUCAGUUGUCAUGCCAUGUGGAAUUCUUGAAGAAAAUAUAUUCAAUGGCAUUGAUCCAAGCCAAGUUGGACGAAAACAAACAGAAAGACUAAAUCAACUUCUAAAUAUUUCCAAUUCAAAAGAUUCUAAAACUAUUAUGAAUCUAGGUUCAAUGAUUAUAUCAUCUGGUAGGUAUAAUAAUAACAUGGAGUUUUUACAGAGUAAUAUUCAAUUAUUGAUUAGUUAG